CAGCUGACCCGGUGGCAGAACUGCCCAUCACAGCAGGGUUGUGUCAGACCCACCAAUCAGAGCUUCAGGUGGCCCAGCAGCGAUGCUUAUGAGGAUGGAAGUGGAACAUUCCAGAUCAAACAGGCAGGUUGUCCUGACCCUGUGUCGUCCACCACUGCUUCCCAACGCCGGUCCCUCUGUUCACGCCUGGGACUGCAGGGGCAACCCCUUGGGACCAGAUGAUGGAGAAGGAAGGAUUCCCAGCCUGGUUCUCCAUGAUCAGCUCCGUGUUCAGCAGAAAGCUGGACACAGCUGGAGCCUGAACUCCAGCCCCCUCAGGGGUGGCCUGAACAUUCCUGGGAGGGGAAGGGCCCCCAUGGGCACAGCUGCAAGCCAGUGACGCUCAUUGGGCACUUCCCCCAGAGGGACAACACGUAUUCUGAUGCCUCCAAAGGGCCUUCCAAGCUCCAGAUCUGAGGGUCAGCAGUCUUUGCUGGACCUCAGUGCACCUCAGCUUCUCCUGCCCCAUCCUGCUUCCUUCCUCUCCCUUCCACUGGGCUUGACCCCAAGAGCUAUUAAAUGUCCUGCACACGAAUCUCCUUCUUGGAGUUUGUUGUCCAGGGAAUGUGGCCUGGAGCAAACUUGCAGGGCCUUAUUAGCAAUUGCCAUGACUUUGGAUCUCACUUGGUAUGAGGUGAGAGCCAGUGCAGUGUUCUGAGCAGAGAGGGGGACACGACCUGUCUUCCAACAGGAUUGCUCUGGCUGCCACACUGAGAGUGCCAAGGGGAGUGGCUCUGUUAAUCCAGCAGGAGGUGAGGUUGCGGUGGGGGUGGUGAGAUUCCACCUGUCCUGGAAGGUGGGGCCAAAUGGACUUGGUACAGGGAGCAGGGGGCAGGGGUAAGCUAACCCUUUUGGCCUGAGCAGCUGGGUGGGUGGAGUCACCAUCACCUGUGAUGGGGGAGACUUCACCGAGGAGAAGUGAUGGACUGAAUGUUUGUGGACCCCAAAUUCACAUGUUGAAGUCCUAGUGACUGCUGUGACGGUAUUAGGAGGUAAUUAAGUCACGAGGGUGGAGCCCUUGUGAUAACUUCUUAUAAAAGAGACCCCACAGAGCUCCCUAGCCCCUUCCACCUUGUGAGGACACAGGGACCGCCUGCAACCAGGAAGAGGGUCUCGCCAGAACCUGUGCACACUGGUGCCCUGAUCUUGGGCUUCCAUCCUCCACAACUGUGAGAAAUAAACCUCUGUUGUUAUGAGCCACCCAGUCUGUGGUGCUUUAUCUCAGCCCAACUGACUAAGACAGGAGGUCUGGGGUCGGAGCCUGAGGUCUCUUCUCGAAGAGUUAGGUUGCAGAUCCCACCAGCCUCCUGCACCGAGCAGGCACUUGAGGGGUGAAGUCUGGCCAUUGGACAUAACAUGAGUCACUGGCACGUACACUUACAGCCAAGCAUCCACUGGACCCUGCAGAGAGAGAUGAGGUCAAGAAGAGCCCUGAGCUCACGCCCCCAAACAUCUCUGGACUGGGGAGGGCAGGAGGAGUCGGCCAAGGAGACUGAGAAGCAGCUGUCUGCCCGCGAGGGAGGAGGGCAGGCCCUGCACUGGGUCAGGAGAGCUCAUCGCAAGCCUGACAGCCAUGAUAGCCUUGUGGCUGGUCCUGGGUGCCUCCCGCAGACCUGCACAUGCCACACCCCCUCGCCUGCCUUCUUCCCUGCUGUUUUCUCCUUGCCUCUGACCCUGCUGUGGCCUGUAGCCUCCCACUAGCACGUCAGCAGGGACUUUUGCCUUUCCAGGCUGGGCACUACCGACCAGAAGGUGAUGAGGGCACAGCCUGAGCUCUGCGUUCUGGGGCUAGAAGAGCUGGGGUUUCAGCAGCCCUGGUCCUGAGGAGGGGGGCCUAGCCCACGCCUGGUGGGCUUCAGCCCUUCCCUGACGCUGAGGCAGCCUGGUACCUGUACCCAUGGCCCUGAGGUGGAUCUCCAGCUCCUUUUGGCCACGGGGAAGGGGGCUCUGGUGGGCAGUCUGCAGCGACUACACGCCCUGCCCAGCAGCCUUUGGCGGCGUGAGGGGAGAAGGUGUGCAGCGUCGGCGCUGGCCAGCCCGCCGUUGGGGGCAGGGCUGCGGGCGCUAUAAGCGGCCCGGGGCGCCCACCCUCGAAGCGGAGUCUGCGCGAGGCGGAGACGGCGCUGGAACCCAUGGACACGUCGUACCCCCGCGAGGACCCCCGGGCCCCCCGUAAGGCGGACGGCGCCGCGCACACGGCCCUUGCGCUGGGGGCGCCGCGCUCCCCGCCUCGGGACCACCUGAUCUGGUCGGUGUUCAGCACCCUCUACCUGAACCUGUGCUGCCUCGGCUUCCUGGCGCUGGCCUACUCCAUCAAGGCCCGAGACCAGAAAGUGGCUGGAGACUUGGAGGCAGCCCGGCGUUUCGGCUCCAAGGCCAAGUGCUACAACAUCCUGGCCGCGAUGUGGGCGCUGGUGCCGCCGCUGCUGCUCCUGGCACUGGUGGUGACUGGCGCCUUGCACCUGUCCCGGCUGGCCAAGGACUCUGCUGCCUUCUUCAGCACCAAGUUCGACGACUCAGACUAUGACUGACGGGCUGGGCCCUGCCCCACGUUCUGACCCAGGGCCACCGCCCCCCAGGGUGCCGCCCCGGGGGCUCCACCCUGACCCCACCACAGGGCCUGCUGCCCACUGCCCUGGCCUGGGCACCCUGAAGAUCCCCUUUGGAUCCCAGGGGCUCCGCUCUAACCUUAAUGGCCCUGGUCCCCUCACUCCCUGCCCCGCCCAGGCCCCCCGCCCCACUCAGUCCCAGCCUCGGCUCCUGAUUAAAAGUGCCUGGUUCCAGAAA